AUGAAGAAGAAAAUUAUUGACUCGAAAUUCAUUGAUAAUCUCUGUGAUGAACAGAAAAAUACUAAAGCAGUGACUUGCGUCAAAACAAGAUCAGGAGGCAAUUUAAAUCCCCAAUCACCUGAUACGUCCAUUGUUACGACUGAUGCUGAGAAACAGAUGCACAGCACUGAUUUAGAAUUUAACAAAACGUCUGGCUUUGAGUCAUCAUUGUUGGGUGAAUUUUCAAUUAACACUCCUAAUUUGAAAGGAAAUAUCAUUGAUAAAUAUCCGAUUUUAAAUAAUCUUUCAGCUGAAAAUAAUGAUUGUAUCAAGGAAACAAAGGCUUUGUUGUCGUCUAAUAAAGUUCCUGGAACGCCGACAUUAUUUCUCUUUUCAAGAAAGAAAAGGGAAAACGUAGAAAAUAAUCCUCUUGCAAGAAAAAGUAAAAAGUCGACAAAUCUUGUCAAGUACAAGAAUCUAUAUCAGGAGCCGACUCUCAAGAAACCGCUCAGUACAUAUAUGUUGCUUGAUAAGUAUAAAUUAAAGGAAGUGAAAAAAUCUAAAGUAGGUAAAUAUACUGGAUAUGAGGUAAUACAGAAACAUGCAAACAUUCAAGCUACAAUAGAUAAUAAAGAAGACAAAGCGUUACAAGAUUCUUUCACUCAUUCCGAAUCUGACGCUUUGGUGGAAAAACUCCUUCUAUCUACCUUUGGUAGUAACAGGUGUAAUGAAUUAGGUUGUGAUGAAUUUAAAGUAUAUCUAAAUGACGUCGUAAAAGAAAUAUACGAUGUAAAAAAAGAAAAGAUUGAAUUACAAAACACACCAAUUCAAACGUUGUUCAAAUGCUUAUUACAAUAUUGGAUUAGUAGUAACAAAAAUAUCGAAGAAAUUGAAAUGAAAUCAAAAUCUAUAGAUAGACAAUCUAACAAAUAUUUUUCUAAAGAUCAAACGACAUCUAACCUACCAAUAAAAAGCGUUAAUAGAGCUACACAGUUUUACGGUAUCAGUGACUUUAUAGAAGGAACAUUAAAACAAAUGAAGCAAGAAAAUGAUAAAACUAUAUCGUCAACAUUGACCGAUAGUUUUAUAAAAGAAAGGCGUAUACAAGAACUUGAAAAAAUUUUAAAGAAUACAGUAUACAUUUGCGGUGCAGUAAAUAAAAGCAGAGAAAAAGAUAUUAAAAUAACUAAAAAACUUAUUAAUAAUCUCGAUAACAUAUCACAACAAAAUAUUAAUAAGGUGGCUAGGGAUGGUGAUGUAUUUGAUAACUCUGAUUCUUCAAAUGAGAUACCUAAAAUACAAGAUACAAUAAAUAAUUUAAUUAGCGAAUUACCCAUACCAGCUGAUGUUGCUAAAGAAUUCUUGGGUGCCUAUUUAGACUUACUGUAUGAAAACGAAAACAAUAUCGAAAGCAAUUCGUCCACAGAAGGUUCAGACGCUUGUCAGCCAAAAUGUGAUGUUCAAGCUGAAUCUGUACAAAAAAACAUAUCUAAAAGUAUUUCAACAAGAGAAAUUGGCGAUAAUAAACGCAGACUUACUGAUCCCGGUCAAAUAUUUCUCAAAGAUAUAUUAGACAAAGUUACAACGUUAUUUUCCAAGAAAAAUGAAACUUAUAACACCAAAACUAUUACAACGAAUGCACUAAUAGGCUGGGAUGGAAUUUCAUUUCAUCCCAUUAAAGAUGAACUAGGAAAUUAUGAAACGAAGCCUAAUAAUAACAAUUCUGUGUUAGUUAAUGUUUCUGAAUAUAAUUUAGAGCAUAUUUCAAUGACGAAUGAUCUAGACUUUCUUAGCGAAGGUUCCAUCACCAUGAAUAUGAAAGACAAAACUAACAAAUCUGGAGAGAAAAAAACUCUUAAUCUUAGUUUAAAUUUCACAGAAGGGGUACCUAAUGUAAAAAUUAACCAAGAAAACUUACUAUCAGAUAUUUCGAAAACGAAUUUAUUUUUUACAAAAAGAUCUAUAUCACCAUGUACCAUUCUGCACACCCCUUUUAUUAACAUCAGUAAUGAAGCUACAGACUUGAAACCGUAUCUUAGCAGUAGCGAAGAAUCUCAUCCACAAAAUCGUAUAAACGACUUUGCAAUAAACCCUUUCUUAACUGAUAGCAAUGUUUCAUCUAAAGCGUAUAUAGCAAAAAAUCGGUGUGAUAAUAUGAGAACUUACAAAAUACACUUGGACAAAGAUUCUACUGAACCUAAAAUCAUAAACGAAUAUGACCUACAGCCUUGUUUCAUUUUGUCAUUAAAUAAAGCAUUUGCAUCUAAAAUGAAAUUAAAGAGAUUAUUUAAAGACAAUGAAGUUAAAAAUGUUUCAAUCAAAAAUAUAAAAAGAUUGUCUUCAAUUAUAAAAAACAAGGCAGAAUUAUCUAUUUUUGAAAAUGUUCCUAAAGUUAUAGACGAGGAGUUUAUACUGCUGCUACUAGAAAAUAUUUCUAUAUUAUCUAAAGACUUGCCAACUUUGCAUAAAGAUAUUAAUAAUCUUUAUACAAAAUUAUUGCGGAAACACGAGAAACUUUGUACAAAUAGAAUUCAAGGAUUAAGUCUUUUAGGUAAGAUCUAUAAAGAGAGUUCUAAUAUUAGAAACAUGCUCGAAAAAGAAACACAAUAUGAGGGAACUGAUUGUCACGCAACAACAGAUAAACGUAACUAUGCGAGUGAUACGAAUGACGUUAAUAUGAAAAUAAAUAAUACCGAUAAAGCGUUAAGUGCAGAAAUAACAAAAGUUAUAUCAAACAAGUGCAUACAACUUAAAGGAAACCAAGAAAUAGAGAUGACAGAUAAAUUUAAUCUAACAGACAAGAAUAUCUUAAUGACUCGUAAUGGUAAUGCUACCCAAACAUCUUUUAGUAGUCUGUCCAGUGAAGAAGACAUCUUGAAAGCAGAUACAGCAACAUCUAACCAAAAUUGGUAUAGACAAUAUUGCAUGCGAGACUGCGCCAUAAGUACGCUCAUCAAAUGCUUUUUAGAUUCAAACGAUGGCUGUCAAAAUUUUCGUUUCAAAGACAACAUUGAAGGAACAACGAGAGAUCGGGACUUACCGAAUAAAAAAUCCAAAAAUGAACGAAAGCAAUCGUCAAAAGUUCGACAAGAUUUAAUCCGAGAAAUCAAUUUACUAUCACCUUCUUUUAAAGUAUCAAUACAAUCGCAAACUGAGAAAAAAUUGCGUUGGCUGAGGGAAAAGUCAAAACCGAAUGACAACAACGUAUAUCAAUUGAUUUUAAGCAAAAAAUCUGAUGUUAAAAGAUCUUGCUCGAUGAUAAAAGCUGUUACUGAUAAAAGUGAUGAUCUUAAAACUAUAUACCGAUGUACCAGCUAUCCCUCGUAUUGCUCCGGUUAG